GGCCCACUGGAAGCCGGCGAGUCAGGGCAGGGGAAGCGGCUGGCCCGCCUGAACCCUACCCUUCGCCCUCUGACCGCCUAAGGAAAGAGGCGGCGCCGCUCAUUUGUUCCCACUCAGCGGCGCCCAUAUAGGCAACAUGGGGAAGGCGGAAGUGGGGCCUCGGCUCGGCGGUUGGAGCGUUUCGGCCGAAGGAAAGGAGGUGGCUGGGCGACCGCGCUGCUGAGCCUCCGCACAGCUGUCCUCCCGUUUUCCGAGGCGUCUUUCUCUCGCCAGCCCUUUUUUCCGAACCCCGGGGAUAUCGAGGGACCCCCAGAAAGCUGUACCGGGGAGGGCGGCUUCGGUGGAGUGGGUCCAGUUUUCCUCAGCAGGAGCUUGUUCCGUGUCUUCGCCAGACCCAAACUCUCGCCCGACACCCGCACCCUCUGCUCGCAUUGUUAAGAGGUGUAGCUUGCUUUGCGAGCAGGGUUUGCUGGAGAGGAUGCAGAGGAAUCUUGACGGGUGUUAGCCAGGGCAAUUUGUAGUUUGUGUGUGUGGGGGGGGGGGGGAUAUGUUUGUUAUUAUUUAAAGGUCGUAGUCUCCGGUGGGCCUUUGGGUGUGAGUGAAAAUCGGGUGGAUAGAGGGUAAAAUCAAAUACUGUCCUGAGUAGAGGAAGUAUGGAGAAGCAGAACUACCUCUAAGAUCACAGAGGAAUGCUGAAAAUUAAUAUCGGAGAAAAGAAUCUGAAGGGGGGACGGUCAGGUAGGUUAGGGAACCUGGCCCAUUUCAUUAAUGCUGCUGAAUGAAUAAGAAUCUCAAAAAUGAGUGUUGCUUAGUUAUCUGAAAGGCUCUAUCAGGCUUUCCCAUUGUGAAAUAUAUCUUCUGACCCAGUAUUUAUUUUUGUGGCUAUUGUUACUCAAGAUUUCCCCUUCGGUACUAUGUUGGCAGAGCAAGCUCAAAAGUGGUUCCCAACUCAUGUGCAGGUCACAGUCCUUCAGGCCAAAGGUCUCAAACCAAAGGGCAAAGGUGGCACUAAUGAUACAUACACUAUCAUACAAUUGGGAAAAGAGAAAUACUCCACUUCAGUGGCGGAGAAAACCCUUGAUCCAAUAUGGAAAGAAGAAGCUUCAUUUGAAUUGCCUGGAUUGCUGAUGGAAGGGAACUCUGAAAAAUACAUUCUCUACCUGAUAGUCAUGCACAGGUCUCUUGUUGGGCUUGAUAAGUUUCUGGGACAAGUGGCAAUUAAUUUAAAUGAUAUUUUUGAGGACAAGCUGAGAAGGAAAACAGAAUGGUUUAAUCUAGAGUCCAAGCAAGGAAAACGAACUAAAGAUAGAGGUGAGAUAAAAGUCAACAUUCAGUUUAUGAGAAACAACAUGACGGCAAGUAUGUUUGACCUGUCAAUUAAGGAUAAAACCAAAUCUCCUUUUGCUAAAUUAAAGGACAAAAUGAAAGGUCGUAAGACAGAUGGAACAUUUCUGGAUACAUCUUCUGCAAUCAUUCCAAGGACUCAUACCCCAGAAACUAACAAUAUAAGUUCCCUCAAUGAAUUGCAGUUAAAAUCAAAGCCAAAAAAGCCUUUUCUUUUGGGACCUCAGCGACUCUCUUUGGCUCACUCAAUGUCUGAUCUAACUGGACCUCAGAUAACUUCAGAAAAAAUUAAAUCGGGAACAAUUGGCAACUCAUACCUCUUCAGACGUCAGCUUGAGUCUGUUGGUUCUGAGGAUGAAAGUGGAAAUCUGAAAUCUCCACACAGGCGGACAUUAAGUGCAGAUGGCACUAAAGUGAAUCAACCCGACAGCACAGUUGAUGACAGUGACUCAGCUUUUGUAGCUCAAAAUGAUCCUUUUUCCAAUGUGAGUGCUUCACUGCCUCAAAAGUUUGCCACAUUGCCAAGACAGAAGAAUCCAUUUGAAGAAAACCCUUUAUCAUGGGAACAAAAUGUGGGCUUAUUUUCAAAACCACCUGAAAUAAAAAAGGACAAUAAGAAAGAGAAAAAGGAGAAAGUUAGUCUCUUUGAAAGAGUAACUGGAAAGAAAGAAGGCAAACGAUCAGAUAGACUUAGUAACGGAGGAUCAGAAGGCUCCUCUGAUUUGAAAUCACCCUGUCUUUUUGCUGAAAGUCAUCAGGACAGCUUUGAUUUUGAUUCCACUAAUCCUUUUACUACAAACCCCAAGACAAAAAAUAUGCUGCUGUCUAGUUUUAAUGUGAAUUCUGAAAACUCUGAAGAAUUUCAAAAAACAAUGGAUGGAAAUCCUUUUGAUGCUGCAAUAGGAUAUCAUAAUCUUACAUAUGAAGAGGUCUUGCAGGAGUUGAUGAAACACAAAGAACAACUGAAGAAAAAAGAUACCCACAUUCGUGAACUUGAGGACUAUAUUGACAACCUUUUAGUACGAGUAAUGGAAGAAACUCCAAGUAUUCUGCGAGUGCCAUAUGAACCUUCUCGGCGAGCUGGCAAAUUUACAAAAACCUGAGCUAAUGCCAACACUCCUGGUAUUAAUUAAGAGGAUGGAUUGCUUAGUGCAGUGUUUUGAUAUUGUAAAUUUCAUAUUCAUGCUUUGUCCUGAGAGCAUUUGACUCCAAAUUUAAGUUAGUAUUAGUUCUUGAAUCUGUAUACAAACUUCAGUUUUAUAAGGUGAAAAUGUAAGCUCCUUUUGCUGCAAAACAUUCCUUUACUUUGAACAUGUAUAUCCAGGUAUGCUUUAUUUUCAAAAUAUUAUGGUUAGUUUGGGUAUCCUGUACAGUAAUCAUCUAAUAUACAUACUUGAAUAUUUAUUUUGCACUUCAGUUAAUCACUUUGGAAUUGCAGCAUGCUGCCAGAAUGAAUGUGCAUAGUCAGAAUGUGUUUUGCAGCUCUUAAUAUGAAGGAAAAUGUGAUUUACUUUAGGAAUCACUAGUAAAUGAGGGGGUAAUACAUUUUUUCCUGAGAAGGUAGACAGUAUUGAUCCUUAAUGUAGUGCUUAUUUGAAAUAAUUACAUCUGUGCUCUUGAAGAAAUGAGAGUUUUUCAAAUGGCAAAUUCCAUAAUCUAUAUGGAUAGAAAAGAGCUUAAUAUAUUAAGGUACAGUAUGCCAUUGGUUUAAGCACACAUAUGCACAUUUAAAAAAAGAGAAAUAAAGCAGAAGAAACUAGUGGAUAAUACCUCAUUUUUAGACUAUAAGAAGUAUGGGGGGAAAGCUGAUAGGAACAUAACAUUCUAAAUAUUAGUAUGUCAGCCAACCUAUACAUGUGUGUUUAGCAGUUUGUCUGUAUACACAUAGACAUAUGCAUAAAACGUAUGCAUCAUUUGGGUUCUGCAAUAUUUGAGACAGGAAAUUGAGAUUAAUUUGCUUGUUUUUUCAAAUAUAGGAAAUUAUUUUUUAAAAUAGAUUGCAAUUACUUCAGUACUUUAUUCUGUGUCAGAGUCAAAUAUUGUCCUCCAUUAAAAAGUGAUGGAUAUAUUUGACUCAGCAUGUCUCUGACUAAAUAAAUUUAUGUGCAUUGUUGUUUAACUAUUUCAAAGUGGUAAAUGCAAUUCUAAUGGAAAAUAUUGCCAUACAGAAAAUAUUGUUUACUAUAUUGUAAUAAAAAAAAUAUUCCUUUAUUUUAUAAAAAAUUCAGGCAGAAUGAUUGCUAGUAUGAAGUGCAAAUAGGCUUAGACAUGAGGAUACAGCAUUGGGAAGAAUGAAAUAACGUUUUUGUUCAGUUUUCUUCUUGAUUGUGUAAUGCAGAUUUUUUUCAUACAGAAACAUAUUAAGGAUUUCUAUGGAAAAGAAUGGAAAAUAUUUUCCCUUUUUUAGAGUAUUAAUAAAUUUAAUUCAGAAAGUUUUGUUUUUGAUUAUGUAUUACUGAUUAAAAUCCUUUUGUAACUAAAAUAGGUUAGCAGUAUUAUCAGAAGGAGCAAGAAUUCUUUGUAUUUUUAAUACUCCCUAUCCACAUUAAGCAGUGUAUUGUGCCAUGAAAAGAGACCACGCUUGGAUUAUUAGACUUUGGUUUAUUUUUCAGUAUGGAAUAAACAAGUAAACUUAUUAAUAAAUGCAUACAUUUUUCCUAUAUAAUUCAAAUUAAGUACAAAUCCUAAGCUAUGCUUUAUUUGUUAAUAUUAACUUCUGCAUUUAAAAUAGGUGUUUAUUUUCAUAGUUUGUACAGAAUAUAUUUUAAAAAUCAGUUGUUGAUUGAAAGUUUACAGAUGUUGCAUAGUAACACAUUUAAUGACUUCCACUUAUAUUAUUUAAAUUCUUGGGCCAUUGACAUUUAUUCUGAGAUUCCAAUAUAUUCAGUUCAUUAGAUCCUUUCUACAUGUGUUCUGCAAAUAUACCAGCUGAGUAUAAACCACUUUAUAUGUUGGAAGUUUUAAUAUUUAACUUUUUAAAACUUAUUAAGUUUUCAAAUUAACUUGGUUAAUCUUAAUGGGAAAUAUCAACAGGCUGGAGUGUAAAGUGUUUAAUUCUUAGAAUUAAAGUUAAGUUUUAUGAAGGGUUUUGUUUUUUGUUUUGCUUAAAUUCUCUAUUCCUUUUAAUUUCUGUUUAAUACAAAAGUGAAUUAAAGGAUACUUUAAAUUUACAAUAGUUUAUAAAAAUCACAAAAAGGCAGGUAUAUUAAAAAGCAUCAAAAUAUAUUCAAUGAAAUGUAUAUAAAUAGUAGCAACUCUUUAUAAUUUGUAUAUUAAAUGGCUUAUAUAUUUAUUAAUAUAAUUUAAAUACUGCUUUGUGAGCAACUUCUUAAAUAUCAAUUUGUUUAGGUACAUAAUAACUGAAACUUCAAAAGAGGUACAAGGCUUCCUUUUAUAAAUGUUUUACAGAAGCAAGCACAAAGUACCAGCUAUAAUAUAAAUUAGCAGGGACUUCCUUUAAAAGCAUAAUUGUUGCAUCUAUUUCUCUAACAGUAUAGAAGGAAAUUCUGUUUAAAUAUGAUGUUGGUGAAAUCACAGCCAGUAUUAAUGUGUUUUCAGAGCUUAUUACUCUCUGCAAAGCAUAUAAUUCAUUAAUUUAUUUAAAAUAGAAUGCUUCCUCCAAAAAUGUUCCAUACAAAAUAAAUUCUGAAGCAUUGUUUAAAAUCAAAUUACAUCUAUUGAAAUUACCUGAUGGGUAAUAUUGGGAAAGCAUAUAUUUCACACACCUUUGUGAUACCUUGCAUGAACAUUAAUUUCAGCUUAAUUACCACUUUUCAUUGAAUAUAGAAUUAUCCAUAGAUUAUAGUUGCCUAAUCUAUUAUUGUUGGCCUUAAAUCAAGGGCUAUUUGUAAUGGUCCAGCUAUGAAAACAUUGCCCUCUCUGUAUUUUGAAGACUUUUUCAAUUGGAGUAAUACAGUAAUCUCUGUUAAGCAUUUUAAUGACUUCUUCCCUUCUUUUGCUCAGAUUCUUAAAAGAAAUUAAAUGUAUGUUUAAAAGUUAUUGCUGCACUGAACAUUAUUAACAAUGUAAAAUUGCUAUCUAUCCAAAGGUCAGUGCACAAGUUAUGCGUUUGUAGACUGUUAGGAAUGCAGAUAUAUGUAUUUGAAAAACAUGUUUUAAUUACACUAUGUUAAUUUCCUCCUGAUUUCAAAGCAACUGAGUAGAGGCCACAGCAUUGAUAAGAAGAAAAAGGCAGUACUUAGUUCCAUUAAACUAUUUCUCCUCCCAAGUAUUCUAAACAUGAGGUAUUUUCCUGGAUUUCCUUUUUAUGAAUGUCCAAUGUAGUUCUAGAUUUCAUUACUUUUAUUAAAUGUUUUUAGUAUACAACUGCUACAGCACUUUAUCUUUUUUUAAAUUUUAAAAAUAAUUUUAUGAUUGAUUUAAAUUAAGUAAAUUAUCACACCCUAAAAGAUUGUUAGCCCAACUAUAUCUUCACAAUCAAGUAUCAAAAGAAUCUCAAAUACAUAUACUUUAUCAUGAAUGAUCUAUCCGAUUCAUUCAGCAUGGAUGAUUCAGUUUUUAUGUAUUAAUGUGAUAAAAUGCAUAAACCUGUAUAGCCAUAUAUUAAAUCCCCUAACAGUUCUUGCACUGAGAAAAGUUCAGCUAUUUCGUUGAACUACGAUUUUUCUCCACAAAAUGGAAAGUCAUUAUGUAAAUUGCGCCUAUGUGUGUAGAAUGUGAAAAUGCAUGAACCAGCAGUUUUGUUGCAUUUGUAGUCUUCAACAGUUUUUAAAAAUCAAAAUUGUAAUCCUAAAUUUUAGAUUUUGUCCCAGUGGUUGCUGCAUGUUAAGCACUAAUAAAAUACCACUGUGUACUCCA